UUUAAAGCCAACUUCACAGUUGUUUUUUUAACACACGUAAAAUUAAUUAUUUGUAUAUAUAUAUAAAAAAAAAUGUCAGUUUUAAUGAGAAGUAUUCAACUAGUAGGCAAAUUAUAUCGAAAUGUAAUUAUUCAACCUUUUUUAUAGGUUAUGUCUGCAAGAAAUAUUUCUCGUGCACCAAUUCUUUAUCAAAUUCAAGAGAAUUUUAUAAUUAAAGAAGAAAAUAGUGAAGAAAAUAAUACAAAAACUAAAAUUCCCAGUGGUGGAAUUAUUUUUAAGGAUAGAUCUAUAGAAAUACCAGUGGAAACAAGCAUAAAAUAUAUGAACAGUGAAGCCUAUAAAAUAACAUACGGUGACAAUCCAGUUUGGAAAUUGUACAGGCGUAAUUUUAAAGGUCAAUUUGCACCGAGAAAAACAAGAAAAACUUGUAUUAGAGGCGGAAUUGUGUCAACCGGAAAUCCAUGUCCAAUUUGUCGUGACGAAUAUUUAAUUAUUGAUUAUAAAAAUACUAAAUUAUUAAAUCAAUUUAUUUCACCGCAUAACGGCGAAACGUUAUGUUAUCGAAUCACUAAUAUUUGUCAAAAACAACAUAAAAAUCUUCUAGUUGCACUCAAGAAAGCAAAAAAUUGCGGUAUUGUAACAUUCGAUCCUCCUCAUAGAAAAUACAAUUAUUCACAUUGGUAUAAUUCAGAAUCAAAGGAAAAUUAA